AUGUGGAAGGCCACUGUGGAAUAUCCAUUAUAUUGGUAUAACACGGCACAAAACCCUAUCUGGUGGAGAAACCAGCUAGUAGCUCCUUUCUCUGAAGAAUUCACAUUUCGAGCCUGCAUGUUACCCAUCUUGCUGCAGUGUGUCAGUCCUGGGAAGGCAAUCUUCAUAGCACCUCUCUUCUUUGGUGUGGCACACCUUCAUCAUGUGGAUCGCUUAUGUGCUGGCAUUGCCCUUCCAGCAGUCAUCCUCAUAUCCAGUUUCCAGUUUCUGUAUACCUCAGUGUUUGGUUUCUAUUCUGCAUUUCUCUUCAUCAGAACAGGGCAUUUUCUCCCCCUUUUUGCAGUUCAUGCAUUUUGCAACCACAUAGGCCUUCCAGAAGUGAAAGAAAUGUUGAAGGCCCCCUCUCCUACACGCAAUAAGCUGAUGGCCUGUCAUGUGCUAGGUUUGGUAACCUGGUACUUUUUACUUUAUCCACUUACUGAACCAUCUAUCUACAGCAAUGCUUUGACAACAUUGUGAAUAUAGCCUUAAGGUAGUAGCCAUAGAGUAUUUAUGUGUGAUAUUGAUGAAUUUUAUGCCAAAUUGCUGCACACUAGUUGCAUUUCUAGCAGUUUCAGAGUAUGCUGUUGUCUGUUCCUAGUAUGUUGGGUCUUCAUCCCAUAUGUUGUAUGUUAUGAUAAUGAUAUGAUUUGAAUUAUAAAAUUAUUUUUAAA